AUGGCGAGUGUGUGCAAUCGAAAGAGACCGAACACAGACCGUCUCUCCCAAGAUAGCACUCCAGCGAGGCGACUCAAGGCGGCGAGAGGCCAUCGAGAGACCAACUUUCCACCCUCGUUUUGGGACGACUUGUCCAAGGUUUGGCUCACGCCGCGUGCCUUGCGAGAACUCGAUCGGCGAAGCAAGGCCCCGCGCCAGCCCACGCUGCCCAUAGCCCCGGUUGACGGAGACCUUGCUCGAUUUGCAAGACGCGGCGGUCCAGAUCUUCGUCAUCUCCGAGGGUUCUCUGGCCCGACGCAAGACACGCCCGUCAUGGAUGCCACUCCAUCCUCCUCGACGCCUUCUCGAAGUCGACGGACGCAAUCGACAAAGGCAAUCAAGGUUGACACCAGAAGCGGCAAGUCUUCCGCAUACAACAAGGACUUUCAACAACAUCUUAUCGACCAUAAGAUAUAUCCGGUAGGAUACGACUAUACGGACGGCCUUCCGGAUCCUGAACCUGGCAAUUUGGGCGAUACUUAUGAUGAGCUGAAGCAAAACGUUCUCUUCACCGAGCUCGAGCCCAUCACGAGCGAAAGCGCGGUAAAGCCGAAACCGGACUUCUUCGACGGAGCUCGCCUACAAGACCUUAGUCAAGAGCUCAGGGACGAUCAGAAUCUUCGAUCAACUAUCUUCCCCACCAAGCACCCCCGCGUCCCGGUAGCACCAAACUUCUUCCUCGAAGCGUGCUACGAUGGGGCAUACGGGGCCCGCAUUAUGCAGGAUUUGCAAAAAUACGGAGAGGCCGAACCGAUAUACGACGGCAAUGCGUACACAUACAGCUCGACUUAUUACGCCGGCACCGGCACGCUUCAGCUCUACGCGCACCACGCUACGGCGCCGAGCACCGUAGAAGGGCGGCCCGAGUACCAUAUGACCCAGAUUGACACCUGGGGGAUGACUGGCAACGUGGACGCUUUCCGACGCGGCGCUACAGCAUUUAGGAACGCCAGAUAUGUGGCGAACCGGCACCGAAAUGCAUUCAUACGGACCGCGAACGCCAGAGCAGCUCAAGCUGCUAGAUUGGUUCAAGAAGACAUCACCGAGGCACCCGGACAAGGGCGGCCCGAAUACCACAUGUCCCAGCUAGGAGCCAUUCAGGAACGCUAG